AUGCUGCGGGCGGGCGUGGAGCGUGUGGUGAGGGGGCUGAGGCGGGGGCCGACCGCCAUCGCCGCCGUCCCGGAGCGGGGCCUACAACGCUCCCCGACCCUGGGCACGGUGGUGGUGGAGCGUUGGUGGCAGGUCCCGCUGGCGGCCGAGGGCCGGAAGCCGCACCUGAAGCGGCGGCAUCGGAUCUACCGGCUGGUGGAAGGCGUCCCCACCCACCCGCCCGCGGGCGAGAUGGAGCUCAUCCUCACCCGGUCCGUGGAAGAGCUGGGCGUCCGGGGUGACACGGUCUUUGUGAAGAAGUCCCUGGGGCGCAAUCAUUUGCUUCCCCAGGGCCUGGCUGUGUACCCCUCCCCUGAGAACAAGCGCAUCUUUGAGGAGGAGAACCGGCUGCGGCAGGAGGGGAAACUGGAGAAGAUCCAGACCAAAGUGGGCGAGUUGACGGUGAAAUUUCUGAAGAGCGCCCGCCUCGAGGUGGGCAUGAAGAACAACGUGGUGUGGGAGCUGAGUCCCGAGAUCGUCUGCCGCCAAUUCUUCAAGAACCUCGGCGUGGUGGUGGCGCCGCACACGCUUCGCCUUCCAGAGGAGAAGAUCACGCGCUGGGGCGAGUACUGGUGCGAAGUGACGGUGAAUGGCCUCGACACCGUCCGGGUGCCCAUGUCCGUGGUGAACUUUGAGCGGCCCAAGACCAAGAGGCGCAAGCAGUGGCUGGCCCGGCAGCAGGCCCUGCUGGAGGGCCCGGCCUCUCCGUCCCCCUCCCCUCCUGCGCCCGCCCAGCCCAGCCCCCAAUAAACGGCGCUCUGUCCCCACCGGGGAGGGGACGUCGGUCUUCCGGGCCGGGACGCUGUCGUGUCCCCUACUGGGCCCGUCCCUCUCUCAGGGCCAGCUGGGCCUGCAGCCGCCCGGGGAGCUCGGGGUCCGUGAAGUAGUCUGUGACCGGUGGUGGGGUGACAGAGGGGACACAUUAAGAUCAGGGCACGCACACACAUCCACCCACCCGCCCGGGCAGGACAGAACCCAGGUACCGGGACUUCCCAGAUGCCGUCAUGGCAUGGGGGGCACACCCGCAGCCCCUCACCCCCUCACCUGCGGCAAACUCCGGGACGUUUUCUGGCCUCUUCAGCAGGAUGGCCCUGGAUGGGGAGGGGAAAGGAAAGGAAUGGGAUCAGUCCCUAUGCGUGUGUCCGUGUGUACACAUGCGUGUGCUGCUACUCAGGGCGGGUGGGCGGCCCGCGGCAGCAGGAGGGAGUGCAGUCGGAUACAAGGCAGGACUUUCGGACCGGCAGAACCACUAGCUCUGGAGGCCUCACGGCGUCUGGGCACCCCAGAGGACAGGUCAGUUGUCCGUCCUCCCUAAGCUAGGUAGUUUCUUGCCCGCAAGCUGGCAAAGAAUGGAACCAAAUAACCUCUGUCGGACUGGCACAGUAAAAGCUUGGUUCUCUGGUC